AUGUCCACCACCACCAAAUCCAACGACACCCACACCGCCUUCUUCUACGGCACCCUCAUGGCGCCCUCGGUCCUGCACCGCGUAGUCCACGGUACGCCAGAUCCAACGUACCCACACAACCUCACCACGACCCCAGCCCUCCUCCCCUCACACCGACGCCACCGCGUCCGGCACGCCGACUACCCCGCCAUCCUCCCGCACCCCACAUCCACCGUCCGCGGAACCUACGUAACCGGCCUAACAGCCGCGGACAUCUGGCGUCUAGACAUCUUCGAAGGCGGCGAAUACUCACGGCAGAAAGUCCGCGUCAAAGUCGGAGACGACGGGAAGGAAGUCGAAGCGGAGACGUACAUCUGGAUUGCCGGGGAGGAAAACUUGGAGGAGGGGGAGUGGGAUUUCGAGGAGUUUAAGCGGGAGAAGAUGAGGUUUUGGGUUGGGGAGGAGGGCGAGGGGGAGUAUGCUGGUAGGCCUUCGACUCUUGAGGUCGAUGAGGCGGUUGCUGCUUCUGGGGAGCGGAAGGAUGGGACGGGUGGGAGAGGUGCGAAUGGGCAUAUUACGAACGCGCUCAAUGAGAUCAAGAAGAAUGCCGUUUGA